UCUUUUUUGGUAAAAGCUCAGGUGAAGUUGACUUUGUGUGAAGUUGAUACUUGAGAGUCGUUGGAUGAAAAUUUAGUCAAAUCAGUCAAAUCAUUUAACGACUUUCAGUAUCAACUUCACAUUAAGUCGACUGCACCUGAAUUUCCGCAUUUUUUUAUACAAAUUAUUUAUUGAUGUUAAUUAUUAAAGCAGUGAAAUUAAUUAUCUUAGCCAAGAGCCUAAUUAUUGUAGUAAAACCAUUGAUCCUAAUUAUUCAGAUAUAUCAAAAGACAAGCAUGAUAUAGUAUAUGAUAUCCCACAACCUAUAUAUUACAACAUAAUAAUAACAAUCUUGUUUAAUUUUUGGCAAGCAUUAUACUAAGGAACCAGAAAAGAAAUGAGGGCGAAGGUGAUAAUAAUAAGUUUUAUAAGCGUGCUUUUGGUACGAUGCAUACUGGGUCAAGACUUUUCAAGAGGGUACUUGGAUGGUCAAAACGUUGCACGGGAAAUCGUUGGGGUUAAGCCACUAAAGUGGAAUCCAGAGCUAGCAGGAGUUGCUCAAAAGUUUUUGAAUAACCACAUUGUAGAUUGUCUUGAGGGACAGUUAAUAACAUCAACCGCUUCUCCUAAUUAUGGCCAGACCACUGCACGUAAUGUGUUAUUCAAUAACUUUACGGCAGCAGAUGCUGUGGCGUCGUGGGUGGCACAGAAAGAUUACUACGACUUCGAAUCCAACUCUUGCAUUGGUGGCUAUUGUGGUUGCUAUACUCAAGUUGUUUGGAGGACAUCUACUCAUAUAGGAUGCGCUAGAGUUAAUUGCCGAAAUGGAGGCACCCUUGUUACGUGCAUUUAUCGCCCUCGGGGCAACCUUCCAAAUCAACGUCCUUACUAAUUAAUUAUGGUAAAAAUUCACGUAGAGUCAUCUUCAUAUGAAAUUGUUAGUUGAGAGUCGUUAGAUGACAAUUAAAUCAAAUCUGUUUAAUCAUCUAACGACUCUCAACUAUCAACUUCACAUGAAAUUAACUGUAGAAAAGUUUCUAUUGUUAAUUAUACAAUUCAUUUAGGUAAUCAAGAAUCCAACUAUGGUUGUGUUUGUCAAAGGCUUUUUUUGCCUUGUGUGCUUAGCUUCCUUUGUGCUCUGUGGCCAUCUUUUCAUCUUUUGGUUGGCAAUAAUGUGAUUGAUAUAUUAUUGUCAAAUUAUGUUCAAAUGUUGCUUCUAAGGUAUUUGUUAUCAUGAGUUUGCUUUUAGGUAUUUUGUUAGAUUGGUUGA